UUUAAAAUACCACACGUGCGCAUGAUUUAUUCUCAGAAGUACGCCUGUGACAUAUUUACCAGCACUCUAGUGCAUUGUGUCUACCUUCAGUACCUUCUUUUGCCUUCUUCUUUACCUUAGCAACUGUCCAAGUGCUGCAGCAACAUAUUUGAGUGCAAUAGAGUCUUAACUCACACAAACGCCAUUUUGUGGAAUGCCUUACAGAAACGGAGAAACGAUUUGAUAGUAAUAAGGCAUUAAUUCUCAUACCAACGACUUUUUAGAAUGACUGACAGAAGUGGAGAGAGGCAGGCUCGAACCUGAUGGACAAAGCAUGCGGCUACGGGGAUGGAUGGACAACAAACAGGCACGGUGUGCUGCCGUCAGUGUGUUUGGUGUGUGUGUUCUCUUCUAUUUUGCCUCCUGGUCAGCCCUGCAGAAAGAAGCGACUGGGAAGCCCCCUAGUGAUGUGGUUCGACACUUCAUGCAAGUGACGCGUGUUCAAGUGGAAAAUGUCACGUCCAAAAGCCCCCAAAUCCUGUGCUGGUUGUUGAUACAACAGAAAAAUCUGGAAACUAAAGGCAAAGCUGUCCGCUCAACCUGGGCGAAGCGCUGCGACAAGACUCUUUACUUCAGUUCUUCCGACAACAAGAGCUUCCCCACCAUCGGCCUUGACAUCCCAGAAGGCCGCUCUCGCCUCACUGCCAAAGUCCUGCUGGCCAGCGCCUUCUGCUACAAGCUCUACGGCGAGCAAUUUGAUUGGUUCUUCAAGGCUGAUGACGACACUUACGUCAUCGUGGAAAAUCUCAGGAGAUUCCUCGCGUCGCGUGACCCAGAUGAACCAGUCUAUUUUGGUUAUCGCUUCAAGCCGUACACACCGCAAGGUUACAUGUCUGGGGGUGCCGGCUACGUUUUGAGUCGAGAGGCCUUGAGGCGGCUUGUGGUGGAAGGAGUUGUGAAAAGACGCUGUACCAAGUUCUACGGUAUGGAAGACCUUGACCUUGGCCAGUGUCUCUAUGAAUUGGGGGUCAAGGCUGAGGAUUCCAUUGAUGAAAAAGGCCUUGAAAGAUUUCACCCCCUGAACCCUUUUACUUACUUCGCCGACUUUCCCUUACCCAACUGGACUCACCAGUACGCCUACCAUCCAUUCCAACGGGGCUUUCAAUGUUGCAGCAACCGGACUAUUUCUUUCCACUACAUGAAGCCUCAGGAUAUGUACACCCUGGAGUAUACCAUCUAUCACCUAAAACACUGACUGUUCAAAUAUUAUAUGAAACCUGAAUAGACUGGUGUGCACAAAGUGUCGCCUCAAACACUGACUGUUUGAAUAUAAUAUGAAACCUGAAUAGACUGGUGUGCACAAAGUGUCGCCUCAAACACUGACUGUUCGAAUACAUGAAACAGGGAAAAUAUUGAUGUGUUUAUCGUAUGUCCUCUACAACCCUGACUGUUCGAAUACAUGAAACAGGGAAAAUAUUUGUGUGUAUUUUAUAUCUUGUGUUACCUCAAACACUGAAUUUUGAAAUACGCGAAACGGGAAAACAUUGGUAUACGUGCUAUGUGUCACCUUAUACACUGAAUGUACGAACAAAUUAAAGAAACGUGAAAAGAUUUGUGUACAUCACGGGUCACUUAAAACACUGGACGUACAAACAAAAGAGAUGUGUAAAGUCUGGCACACAUCAAUGUGAUACGUUGUGAUAAAAGUAUACAACAUGUGUGACUUUAAAAACCCGGAAUAUAUUGGAGCAGACAACUCAUUGAAAUCACAGUGGAGUGCAGUGCUGAGGACUCCGCUUCAAAUCUUCAAUGUUAUAUUCUUACAAUUUGAAAUAUCGGGAAGCACAUAUUCUGGCUUGGUCCUCUCGGAGACAGACUUCAAUUGCAGAGUUCCCACCCAUCAAACAACCCUAAAUGGUGUUCAUGGAAGCUGAAUACACUCAGUGCAGCUGACCCACUUGAUUUAUAUUAUCAUAGUAUUAUGGAAGCUGAAUACACUCAGUGCAGCUGACUCACUUGAUUUAUAUUAUCAUAGUAUUAUAUUAUUUACUUAUUGACUACCCGUUACGCCAUCUAUCUGGCGUUUAGGGCAUCAACAAAGGAUCUCCAGCUCUGUCUGAUUUUGGACCUUCUUAGUCAACAUCCCCCACGAAUGGUUCCAGCACUUCAUUUCAGACUCUACUGUGCGUCUCCAGGUCUUUUUGGUCCUACCCCUCU